CCUGGUCCCGCGCGGCCGGGACCGCGAUGGCGGCGGGGGAGCCGGGGGAUCUGGGCGGCUACUACUUCAGGUUCCUGCCUCAGAGACCCUUCCAGUCUCUGAGCAGCAAGGAAACCCGCAGCCGGCUCCGCCAGUGGUCCAUGCUGGGCAGAAUCCAGGCACAGGCCUUCGGGUUUGACCAGACGUUUCAGGCCUAUCGGAAGGAUGAUUUUGUGAUGGCUUUUUUCAAAGAUCCGAAUGUUAUUCCCAAUUUGAAGUUACUUUCAGAUUCUCCUGGACAGUGGAUUACAUUAGGAACUGAAGUGAAAAAAAUUGAAGCUGUAAAUAUUCCUUGCACACAGCUUUCAAUGUCAUUUUUUAAUCGGUUAUAUGAUGAAGGUAUCGUGCGAGACAAUGGACAUAUCGUUAAAUGUCUAGACUCCUAUUGCGAUCCUUUUCUUAUUUCAGAUGAAUUACGAAAAGUUUUGUUAGUGGAAGACUCAGAAAAAUAUGAAAUCUUCAGCCAACCAGAGAGAGAUGAGUUCCUGUUUUGUCUUUUCAAGCAUUUUUGCCUUGGUGGAGCCCUUUGUCAAUAUGAAGAUGUGCUUAAUCCAUAUCUGGAAACAGCAAAACUUAUCUAUAAGGAUCUAGUGAGUGUUCGAAAGAAUCCUCAAACCAAGAAAAUACAAAUUACUUCUUCUGUCUUUAAAGUUACAGCCUAUGAUUCUGUGGGUGUGUGCUACCCUUCAACAACGAGCCAUGAGCAGACAUUUUCUUACUUCAUUGUGGAUCCUAUCAAGCGCCACCUUCAUGUUUUAUAUCAUAGCUAUGGGGUGGGGGAAAUGUCUGAACAUUAAUUUUCUAAAUUGUUCACUUAAUGUUAUUUUUCUUUACCAGUUUUUAAAUUUUACUACUGGUUUCUAGAAAGACAUUGACUUUGAAAGUUAAUUUAAGUAGCAUAUAAAGAACAUGCUUAGAACACAAGGAAACAAAUUUGUCUGAAACACUAACACAGAAAAAUAUGCUAUCCCAAACCCAGUCUAUACCAAACCAGUUGUAGAAAUUUUAUAGAAAGCUCCAAAGUACUCAAAGUCUAGUUCAUAUUUGUUGCAUGAAGAGUUAAGUGAGUCAAUUUUCCAUGUAUUUGAGUUUAGAAACUAAUUCAUUCUCAAUUGAAGUUAUGGUAGAAGACUAAACUAAACCUCUCUACCUAAUAUGAAUUAUUAAUUAAAAAAAUUAAUUAUAGUUCUUCGUUGCACAAAGAUUGACAUCUCUAGGACUGUGAAAGGAAAUGUCCUUGCUUCAUUUAAAAUCUUCAAUAAAAAAUUAA